ACAAUAAUGUUUUUCGGGACCGAACGAUGACGAAGCGUGUUUGCCAGUGCGCACGCGCAAUACAAUGGGCGGGGUCCGGGUCACAAAGCCAUCGCUCUCCCAAAAUCCCAAAAUGACGUCCGUAGUAAACACUUUCACUGAUCCUGGAGAGGAAAAUGCCGAUGAGUUUAGAAAUAUAUUGCAACAGGAGAGACACCAAACAUCAUAUGGAUCAGUCCAAACAACGACGAUUCGCGGUCGUGAGAGGAUCUGGUCGACGUGCGUGUCCACGCUCGUGGCAUCGGUCCCGGCUCUGCUGAUAGGGUACACCAUAGUCUUUCCCUCUAGUGCCCUGCUGGUGCUGAUGGGUGACUGGAGGGAAGGGCAUCUACCGAGCAAGGCCUACCUAUUCAAUACAGAACUCGCGGAUGUUUUCGGAGCACUGGCUCCACUGGGUGCCCUCCUCGGUGGUCCGGUUGGUGGCUGGAUCUCGGAUCACUGGGGAAGAAAGUGUGGUUUGAUGUUCUGUGGUGUGCCCUACCUCAUCGGCUACCUCAUGCUCAGCUAUGCCCACUACUCUUCAACUGCCACUGCCUUCAAGACUCUGCUGCUGAUUGGACGAUUCUUCAGCGGAUUUGGCAUGGGAUGGGCUUCUUCAACAGCUUCAAUAUAUAUUGGGGAAAUAUCCUCAUCUCGACUGAGAGGGCUCUUUGGAACGAUCAUGCAGCUCUUCAUCACUCUUGGUGUGUUUGUGGGCUACGGCCUGUCCGCCUUUCUCCCCUACUACCACAUUUCUCUAGCUGCUGCUGUCAUCAUCACUGGAUUUUUUCCAUUGGGACUCUGGCUAAAAGAGACACCGAGAUGGCUUCUAGCAAACAGACAGGCUCAACCAGCUUUCUUUGCCCUCAAAUGGUUGAGAGGUCCACAUUAUGACAUUGGUAGUGAGCUGGAGACCAUGAAACUGUCCUUGACCGAGAACCACGAAAGCGGUGUGUGGAGAGAGUUCAAGAGAAAGUCUGUCCUCGUGCCGUUUGUUACGCUCCUGCUGGUGUUUUUCUUCCAGCAGAUUGGUGGGCUUAACGCACAGGCUGCCUAUGCCACAGUCAUUUUCAGAGACGCUGGUGUCAAUCAUCCCCAGUUGGCGUCAGCCAUGUGUGGUGGUGUCAGUGGCCUAGUGGGUAAUGUGAUUGCGGGUGUUUUAGUGGACAAGAUGGGGAGGAAACCCCUGCUGUUUGUCAGUGGAAUUGGCAUGGGCAUUGGGAGCACUCUACUUGGUGUUCACUUCUACAUCACCAGACCGUCACUGUGCUCGGGCAGCGGGAUGGAAUUCUCAGGAGUUGGUGCUGGUGACGAUACUUCGUGCAACGGACAGUACGGACCACUAGCAAUCGUCAGUUUGAUAACCUACAACUUUUUGUUUGGUAUUGGAUGGGCCUCAGUCCCGUGGGUAUUACUGCCUGAGCUCCUACCACUCAAAGUGAGGGGAAUUGGAGGUGGGUUUGCAGUCCUGGUAAACUGGACCACCUCUGCCCUAGUCACUGGUACCUAUCUAAGCUACGUGAAGGCCGUCACUGUCUGGUUUGGUUGGUGGUCUUUCGGUCUCCUAAACUUCAUGUCUGUAGCUUUUGCUGCCUUUGCUCUGGUCGAGACAAAGGGGAAAAGCUUAGAGUCAAUCCAGGCAGCCUUUGAAAAGAAAUGGAGUAUGUAAUAAUUUAU